AUGCUGAGUUGCUCAGAUGAGCUGGGGAGGUCUGACCUUUGCCCCGGACAGCCAACUGCUCCCACUCGCCCGCCUCCCUUGGAGCCCUGCAACACACAAUCCAGGUUGCACACAUCGCAAGCAGCGCCCGAGAAAAGGAAUUGCGCUCCCGUGCUUGGCCAAGGCGGCCGGCCAGGGCGUCCCCGGGUCCCCCGAGGGCCCCGAUCCGGACGCUGCCACUGCGCCUGCCCGGAUCCAGCCGAGCGCUCCGCUUUCAGUUUCGUUUCUCCCCGCCGGGCUGCUCACCUGCCCGGCCUCCUGCAGAGCGGCGUCCCCGGGGCAGCUUCCGCCAGCGGAGGGCCGGGCGGAGAGGGCAGGAGGCGAGGGGGAGCGCGGAUCAUGCCCCCCAAGUUCACUUUCCGGGAGACGAGGGAGAUCGGGGAGGAGUUCAUCGCGUUCCUGAAGGACUCGGGCAGGCGAGCCGUGAGCGACAAGGAGGAACUCCGGGCGGUUUACAACGAGGAGUUCCGAAAGAGAGAUAACGAAAGAAGACCCAAUUUCUCGAGUGUGCUGUAUGUUCUUCGGCAAAGUGGCCGUGCUGGAGUAACCGAGGACACUGUACAGUUUGGUGCUGUGAAGAAGAAAGUGAAGUUUGCCAAUCAGUACUGGAGACCAGGAAAUUAUGCUGGAGGUCAGACUCCUCAUGGUCCUGGAUCGGCUGCUGACCCACCUCCUCGAAGAUCACGUGCCAAGGACAGAGCUGAAUUCGUUUCAGAGAAGCAUGGCGUGGAUAUUGUCUCUCAGCAUGAUCUGUCCAAUGGACGCAUUCGCUUUCCUGUGUCUCGUGAUGAGGCCAAAACAAUUACUAUACUUGUCAAAAACAAAGGGGCUCACGACGUGACUCUAUGCAACUUCAGAAAACUGCGUAAAAGUCGUGAGUUAACCUUUGUGGUAUCCCAGCCUCUGCCUGUGGGACUUCUGCCAGGAACAUCAUGUGAGAUUUCAGUUCGCUGCUUGACACACUUCUACGGCUACUUUGCUACGCCCAUACUGUUUGAGUUCAUCAGCGAGCAGAAUGAACUCUUCACAAUUGGGCGUUUUGUGUCAGCUGUUGCUAAUAGCAGACUAGCAGAACAGCUGGCUCCUUCUGCUGACUAUCGACCCUAUCAAGCCAGUCUUCGUAAACCUCAGGUUGUGACUACAGAGCCUGGCUUCCUACCAGAUGACUCUUUACCGUAUGAACUUGAAAAGAAAAUACUUCUAGAGCAAUAUCCCUAUCCAGCCUACUUGAAAGACCUGGUCAGUUAUCUUCACGAGGGCUGUGUGCCCAAUGAUAGCUCCCGCGCCAUGGUUGCCAAGCUUCGGACCGAGCUGAAAGCCACCCUGGAGUUUAACAAUUAUUGCGAGAAGUUUAAACUCCUGCUUCACUUGGAAGAAAUACAAAUGGAAGUGGACAUCCGCCGAUAUGACAUGGUAGAUGUUUGCAUGGAGGCCGAUCCUCUGAAUAGCAGUCUCCUUGUCCUGAAGGUGCCCGGGGUGGCUGAGAACCGCCCAUCGGUAUUAAGAGGUGAUCAUCUUUUUGUGACUUUGGCUGAUAACCGUGGACAGAGUCCAGUUGUCCGGUACCAGGGCUAUGUCCAUGCUGUGGAAUUAGAAAAAGUCAAGCUGGGCUUCUCCCCAAAACUGAGGUCCUUGUUCAUCAAAAACAUGAAAUUUGAUGUGACUUUCACCUUCAAUCGUCUGCCAUUACGGGUUCAACAUCGGGCUGUUUUUCUUGCCCAAGAGAGGCAGCUUCAGCAUUUGCUCUUCCCAUCUUUCUCAUAUCGGGAAUCCUUGCUGUCUGAUGGGCAGCGGCUCAGUCUGUAUGACCUCAGCCUGGAGAGAAAUGAGGAGCAAAGAAGGGCUGUCCAUCAGGUGGUGGCAGGCACUUCCAGACCAGCCCCUUACCUCAUAUUUGGACCUCCAGGUACUGGCAAGACAGUCACUAUGGUAGAGGCCAUCAAACAGGUACUGCGCUGCAUUGAAGGUUCCCAUGUACUUGCCUGUGCCCCUUCCAACAGUGCCGCUGACCUUCUGUGCCAGCAUCUCAUUAAACAUGUGGAUAAAAGGAACAUCUACAGGUUAAAUGCUUACAGCAGGGAUUAUCGCCUGAUACCUGAAGAUAUCAAGCCUUAUUGUAACUGGGAUAAUGCAAUGAAAUGUCCCAUCUAUCCCAGUAAAGAGAAGUUGGAAAGCUACCGAGUUAUCAUCACUACCCUGGUGACAGCAGGAAGGUUGGUCUCUGCUGAUUUCCCCCGGGGGCAUUUUUCUCAUGUCUUUAUUGAUGAGAGUGGCCAUGCUGUGGAGCCAGAGAGCCUGAUUGCCAUUGCAGGUCUCUUAGCCAUGAUGGACCCAAAGACAAAUGCCAAAGGAGGACAGCUUGUUUUGGCAGGGGAUCCUCAGCAACUGGGACCCAUCCUAAGGUCUCCUCUGGCUAUCGAGUAUGGUUUAGAACUUUCCCUGCUGGAGAGGCUGAUGCAUGACAACCCCCUGUACCAAAAGAAGGAUGGAGGUUUCAACCCACAGUUUGUCACCAAACUACUGCGAAACUACAGGUCCCAUCGUGCUAUCUUGAAGUUUCCCAAUGAGAAGUUCUAUGAGGGGGAGCUGCAGGUCCACGCCGACCCUAUCAUCGCAAAUUCCUACUGCUCCUGGAGUGGACUGGCGAAGCAGGGGUUUCCCAUUAUCUUUCAUGGAGUCUGUGGAGAAGACCAACGGGAAGAAAAGAGCCCUUCGUUUUUCAACACUGCUGAGAUCGAGGUGCUGAUAGACUACCUCAAGAAACUGCUUCUGGAACAGCAGGGCAAAAAAGGCCUGUCCCGCAUAUCGCCCAAAGAGAUUGGCAUCAUCUCUCCGUACAGGAAGCAGGUGGAAAAGAUAAGAAAGGGCAUUAAUAUAUCGGAGUUAAAGAACCUGGCAGAUGUCAAGGAUCUAAAGGUGGGCUCUGUGGAGGAGUUCCAGGGCCAGGAGCGGCGUGUUUUGCUUAUUUCCACGGUGCGCAGCCGAAGUGAAUAUAUUGAUAUAGAUGAAAAGUUCAACCUUGGAUUCCUGAAGAAUCCCAAGCGCUUCAACGUGGCCGUGACAAGACCCAAAGCACUCUUGAUUGUCAUAGGCAAUCCAACCACUCUCAAACAGGAUAUCUACUGGGGCGAGUUUCUCAAGUACUGCAGGGAUAAUGGUGCGUACCGAGGAUACCCAUAUGAGGAGGAAGAGAAUGAGGAGGAUGACGUUCUGGCAGCAGAGCUUAAUUCCCUCAGCCUGAAUAGGCAACCGGCAGGCCAUAACUUAGCCGAGAGUCACAUUCAGCAACAAGCGGAGCCAGCAUGGAGACACGAGCACUGA